GCACAUCUUGGAGCAUGCAGGACCAAUGGAGCGAUGCAUUGUUGUGAUGAGAUUCACUCGACGGGUUGUGCAGAUGAGCUAUCACAACUUCACCUGCAAUGUGAUCGAGAAGUGCCUGACCCACGGCAGCUACCAGGAUCGGCAGCUGGUCACGAACGAGAUCCUCGCCGCCGGUGGUGGCCAUAACUUCGACCAUCUGGUGGAUAUGAUGCUGAACCCUUACGCCAACUUGGUGAUCCAGAAGAUGUUGGUGACGGCGGAUGAGUGGCAGGUGAGCGUGAUCGAGGAGGUGGCGCGGCGCAACCUGGGCAAGCUGAUGAGCUGCUCCCACGGCAAGCAAGUCAUCUCCACCAUCCAGAGCGUCUUCACCGCGAGAGGUACCUGUGUCCCUCCCUCCUAGGAUAUUUAACGAUUAACUUGCACUGACGACAUGCAUGGCCUGUGUUGUUGCA